CACCACAGCAAAAAGUCAUCAUGGCACCAUACGAGAAUUCAUUAUGGUACGUAGAGACCAAUUUGCAUCCUUUAUUGGACAUUGCCGAAAAGCAACCGGCAAUGGUCAACUACAUUAGACCUUCUUUCUGGUCUCGAUUUAUGGAAUUGCAAAGUGUAAUGUGGGAAACAAAUGCCGGGUUAACUGCAAGGCAUGCUUAUGAUUCUCGUCCGAUCAGUUGGCCAGUACUCAAACGGGGAAUAAAUUACUGGACAAAAGACCACCGUCAAGUUUAUCUCCUUGGAAAUCCAUUCGUCUGGUACGGGAGCCUGUGUGCGAUUAUGGUCUAUUUCGGCGCUCGUGCUUUGUUGAUGUUACGCGCAAAACGUGGUCACAAAGACUUUAAUGACUCUACGGUUAAAUAUUACGAUCAAACUGCUGGUUUUUUGACCUUAGCAUGGGCGAUGCACUUUCUUCCAUUCUUUGCAAUGCACCGACAACUAUUCUUGCAUCACUACCUACCCGCUCUAUAUUUUUCGAUCUUGCUACUCUCGGUACUUUUUGAUGCGCUUACAUCAGGACUUCGACCACGAUAUCGCUUAUUCGCCGCUUUAGCAAUGGUUGCUGUUGCAUUUCUAUCGUAUGCAACUUAUGCACCAAUCACGUAUGCUACACCUUGGACAAGGCAAGCAUGUGAAAGGGCAAGGUUGUCAAAGAGUUGGGACUUGAAUUGUCAAGAAUUCCCCGAAAACGUUGGAAUGUACUCUCAAUACGGACCUGCAAUUCAUACCGUCCCGCAUAGCGUUUUAAACAACACAGGAACCGGUGUAGAUGGAACAACGACAGGAUUAAACGCUGCUUUCGAGCCGCAAGCAGGAAAUCAUCCUUUUGAAAUUGCUCCCAAACAGGCGACAGUCAGUAAUAGCGCAAGAGUAAGCGAUGCUGAAAGUCCUGUUGCAUCUUACGGCGCAAAUGCAGAACAAAAGCAAGAACAAAAUAUUCCCGCAAUGCCUGCUCCUCACCACAUUCCUUCAUCAAAAGGAGCAGAUGAUGAGAAUUCCUCUUCCGCAUCCUAUGCAGAUCAGGCGCGAUUGAAGGAAGAGCAGAAUGCUGAUAUUAAAGGACUAGAUCAAGAAGGAGUUGAAGCAGUUGUGUUGGAAGGAACAGGGAACAAGCCGAAAGUACAUGUUGCUUCAAGUACGUCCUUAUGAAGUGGAUAGAGUGUUGGAAGAAUCUACUCAUACGGCUACUGGCACUGCCGAGUAAAACACACACACCCUAAUCCUGGAUUUAUAUUGUACACGUAUUUUUUGUAUUGCAUCUAGAAACGCAUCCAUGGACAGGAAUGAAU